AUGCGCUUCUUGAGUGCCCUAGUGUCAGCAGCACUUGUUCCGCUGGCAAGCAGCGCUGUUGUUCCCCGGCAGAUACCAAUCAACUAUGAUGCUGUGAUUGUGGGCGGUGGUCCCGCUGGACUCAGUGCUCUGAGCGGCCUUGCUCGAGUGCGCCGAAACGUUCUCCUGAUCGACUCAGGAGAGUACCGCAACGGACCAACUAGGCAUAUGCAUGAUGUUGUUGGGUUUGAUGGUGUCACUCCGGCCUACUUUCGCUGGGCUGCUCGCGAGCAGAUAUCGCACUAUGAGACUGUCACCAUGACCAACGGUACUGUGACAGACAUCGUGCCAGGUGACGACCAGAACAGUUUCUUCGUCGUCUCUUCCACGGACCCAGUGUCCAACGAGCAGCGACGUGUAACGGCCCGCAAAAUUGUUCUUGCGACGGGGUUGCGGGAUCUUUUGCCAGACACGCCCGGGUUGCGGGAGAACUGGGGUAAAGGCAUCUUCUGGUGUCCAUGGUGUGACGGCCACGAGCACGCGAACCAGUCGCUAGGGCUGCUCGGUAGUCUUGAUAACGUCCCCGCUGCCGUCCGCGAAAUGGUGACGCUCAACAGUGACAUCAUUGCCUUCGUCAACGGAACAGAUACCGAAGAGAUGCGGAACAUAACAGAGGCGAAGUCUCCCCAGUGGGAGAGAUACUUGCAAAUCCACGGCGUCAGAAUCGACAAUCGUACCAUCACAGCCAUCACGCGGCUUAGGAACGGAACAGACGGUACCGAAGACCCCAGCCUGCCGACGCAUCCGGAGUACGAUCUCUUCAGAGUCGAUUUCAGCGAGGGUGACCCCGUCGAAAGGGCUGCCUUUCUGGUCAGCUAUCCCAGCGAGCAGACGUCCAAAGUAGGCGAGCAGAUGGGCGUUCACCUGUAUGGAGGUCGUCUUGCAGCUGAUCCCAGCGCCGGGCUUGUUACCAAUAUUCCGGGAGUAUAUGCCAUUGGCGAUGCCAACUCGGACAACGUCACCAACGUGCCGCAUGCCUUGUUUAGCGGGAAGCGAACGGCGGUGUAUCUGCAUGUUAGGUUGGCGCGGGAAGGUGCCGAGAAAGAGUUGAGUGAGGCCGAGGUGGUGAAGAGAGAAAUCGACCACGAGGCUCGGUCGCUCUGGGGGGAGGUGAAUGGAAACCCUGGUGAUCUCCUUUACGCUGGCCCAUUUGAUGGUCCGUAA